AUGAAACUUGGGAUCUUGUUCCUUGUCUUGUUAAUCACAAUGUUGUUGGGUGUAAAUGGAUCUUUACUUCGUGCCGACGGAUCUAUUGAACGACAUAAGGCUCCCCUUAUGGCUCAAGGGUUUUUUCAGAUACAUGGACUUGAUUUUGAAGACACUUUUAGUCUUGUUGUACAUCUUGCUACAGUCCGAUUUAUUCUCAACUUGGCAACCCCUUCUGGAUGGCAUAUCCAUCAAUUAGAUGUAGAAAACGCCUUUCUUCAUGGUAAUCUCUCUGAAGAGAUGAUAUGGUCAUCACAAGCAAUAAUCACUCUUUGGUGGAAUCUCUCAUUAGAUGUUAUGUUUAUCAGUCAAAUGAAAUAUGCACUUGAUCUUCUACAAUGUGCAGACAUGGUUGAUGCCAAGUCUAUCUCCACUUCAUUCGUCAUUGGUCAACAUUUGUCUACUGAAGGGAAGUUGUUCUCUGAUUCAACUCUUUUUGGCUCACUUGCCGAUGCUCUUCAAUAUUUGACUAUAACUUGUCCAGAUCUCUCCUUUUCAGUGAGUCAUAUUUUCCAAUCCAUGCAUGGUCCAACUAAAGAUCAUUUUCAAGCUCUCAAACAUAUUUUACGUUAUGUUAUGGGCACAAUUCACCAUGGACUUCAAUUAGAUCGCAACUCCUCUCCAACGUUGCUUGGUAAUUCAGAUACGAAUUGGGCAGGUUGCCUUGGCACCCAUUGGUCUACUACAGGCUACGUCAUGUUCUUUGGAACCAACUUAAUCUCAUGGUGUUCCAAGACACAAGUUACCAUGUCACAUUCUAGUGCCGAGGCAGAAUAUCGAGACCUAGCCGUAGCACUAUCAAAAUUUCUUGGAUUGUUCAACUACUUCAAGAUCUUUGUGUCAAGUUGCCUUCAACUCCAAAGAUUUUGUGUGUCAAUCAAAGUGCCAUUUUUAUGGCUCUCAAUUCGGUCACUCUGCCUCGAUCCAGGCAUAUUGCCAUUGAUUAUCAUUUUGUUCAAAAUUAGUUGCUAA